UACUCCCACGAUGUGCCUAACACUUGCUUGGUUUGCUUUCAUUUCGGGUUAGGUUACAAAUCACAAUUUCAAUAAACAACACGUACAUUUCUCGUAAUACAUCGUAAACAUGGCCACUGCAAUGAAAAAGGAGCUCUUCAAAGCGAAGAAGGUGGCACAUCCAAACAGCAGAAAAACCAUCGCGAUUGCAAAAAGGACCAAAAAAAUAUCGAACAGACAGAAGGCAAAGAUGAGUGGCUUGAUAAAACAGAGCUUAGUCGGAGAGAAGAUGAUGUGGUUGAAAGAACAUAUGGUUCCAGAUACAUGUCCUUAUACUCCAGAGCUGACUGCUCGGUUGUUAGAACUGUACAUAGCGAGAAACGAUGAUGAAAUGGAGCAGAUCAUGAUCAAGAGAUCCAUCGGUGGCAAGAGAAAUAGACAGCACGCCAGCAGAGAAGACGCGAUACGAAUGACCAAGGAGAGAGAACAGGAAGAGUACAAUACCUGUGGAAUAGAAAUUCCUGAUAUUCUGAACACAGCUCAGUGCGAAAUGCUGAGAAACUGGGACGGUGAUCUCAGGUACUUGACCAAUUUCAAGUUCAGAAGAUUCGGCAGAAAGCAUCUGAGCGAAACGUUGCAGAAAGGAAGCAGGGAACCGAAAAGAGAAACGACCAAUCAUCGACAGAGAAAGGCAUUAGGCGAAAUAGAAAACUCUGAGCAAGUUUAGCCUAAUAAUAGCGAGAAUCAAUUAGAACAAGUUAAUUCUGCAGAAAAUAAUCGAUCGGAGGAAUGUUCAAUGCAGAUAGAAUAAAUUUUAGAUACACAUCCUGUA